CGUGAUGACAGCGCUGCCCCCGCCUCGCCUCCGCUGCUGCGUAGGUGGGCGCCGCUGGCGGCGGCGGCGCGCGGGGAGGGGACGCCUGUCACGUAAGCUGCGCGUUGCGUUGGGCGUAAGCGCGCUUGGUGGAUCGGGCGCUUACGCAGCAGCGGCUGCGGGCCGGGCCGGGCCGGCCGGCGGUGGGACGAGGCCGCCGCCAUGGAGGCGAAGCCCACCGACCUCCUGCUCUGCGACAGCCUCAUCCUCUGGUUGCAGACAUUCAAUACUGCUGCGCCUUGCAGAGAUGUUCAGGAUUUGACUAAUGGCGUUGCCAUGGCACAGGUGCUUCAUCAAAUAGAUGUUGCCUGGUUUGACGCAUCUUGGCUAAGCCGCAUUAAAGAUGAUGUUGGUGACAACUGGAGAAUAAAGUCCAGUAAUCUGAAGAAGAUACUGCAAGGAAUUAUGGACUAUUAUCAUGAGUUUUUGGGUCAGCAGAUAUCAGAAGAACUUAUUCCUGACUUAAACCAGAUAUCUGAGAAUUCAGAUCCUACUGAACUGGGCAGGCUUCUCCAGCUUAUUUUAGGUUGUGCAGUCAACUGUGAAAGGAAGCAAGAACACAUACAGAAUAUCAUGACCCUGGAAGAGUCUGUGCAACAUGUUGUCAUGACUGCUAUUCAAGAGCUCAUGAGCAAGGAAAUAGUGGGUCCUUCUACAACUGAUGCAUCGAGUGAAAUGGAACAGCAGCUUAAAAGAGCUUUAGAAGACCUUCAGGAAGCACUAGCAGAAAAAGAAGAGUUGGCACAAAGAUGUCAAGAGCUAGAUUUACAGGUGGCUGCCCUUCAGGAUGAAAAAAACAGCUUGAUGUCAGAAAAUGAGGUUAUGAAUGACAGGUUAGAGCAAUUAGAUGACUCUCUUGAUGAUCCAAAUACUAUGGUUGCGAAAAAAUAUUUUCAUGCGCAGUUGCAGCUGGAACAACUGCAAGAAGAAAACUUCAGGCUUGAAGCUGCAAAAGAUGAUUAUCGUGUCCAUUGCGAAGAUCUAGAGAAACAAUUGAUUGAACUGCAACAUAGAAACGAUGAACUAACCUCUUUGGCAGAAGAAUCUAGAGCCCUGAAGGAUGAAAUUGAUGUUCUUAGGACUAUUGCAGAUAAGGCAAGUAAGCUGGAAUCAACUGUUGAAGUGUACCGUAAAAAGCUACAGGAUCUGAAUGACUUUCGCAGACAAGUGAAAUCUUUGCAGGAAACCAACAUGAUGUAUAUGCACAAUACAGUCAGUCUAGAGGAAGAACUAAAGAAAGCCAAUGCAGCACGUGCCCAACUAGAAACGUACAAAAGACAGGUCCAGGAGCUUCAUAACAAACUGUCUGAAGAAUCAAAAAGAGCUGAUAAGCUAGCAUUUGAAAUGAAGCGACUUGAGGAAAAACAUGAAGCUUUAAUCAAAGAAAAAGAGAGACUGAUUGUACAGUGUGAUGCUUUAAAAGAGACUAAUGAAGAGCUCCGGUGUUCACAGAUGCAACAGGAUCACUUAAGCCAAACAGAUACAUCUCAUGUUAAAAGUCAUGAUAAUCUUGCUGCUGAAAUUCUGCCAGUGGAAUAUAGAGAAAUGUUUAUUCGGCUGCAGCAUGAAAACAAGAUGCUUCUAUUGCAACAGGAAGGAUCAGAAAAUGAACGUAUUACAGAGCUCCAGGAACAGCUGGAACAAAAGCACCGGACAGUGAAUGAACUAGAAACUGAAAAAAGGCUAAAUGAAGAACGUAUUGGAGAGUUACAGCAACAGAUUGAGGAUCUGCAAAAGACAUUACAGGAGCAGGGAUCCAAGACCGAAGGAUCUAGCAACCUGAAGCAGAAAUUGGCAGCACAUAUGGAAAGGUUGAAUGAAGUUCAUGAGGAGUUAGAGAAGAAAGAGGCUCUUCUUGCAGAACUCCAGCCUGAUGUUAAUCAGAACUCCCAGAAAAUUGGAGAGCUGGAAGCAGCUUUGCGUAAAAAAGAUGAAGAUAUGAAAGCAAUGGAAGAAAGAUAUAAAAUGUACCUUGAGAAAGCAAGAAAUGUGAUAAAAACGUUAGACCCCAAGCUAAAUCCAGCAUCAGCAGAAAUUAUGUUGCUCAGAAAACAGAUAACAGAGAAAGAUAGAAAAGUUGAAGCAUUGGAGGCUGAAUGCAAGCUUGCUAAGUUACGUGAUUAUGAGGAAAAGCUAAUUGUAACUGCAUGGUAUAACAAGAGCAUAGCUCUCCAGAAGCUAGGUAUGGAAGCUAGACUGGUUGGCAGUAGUGGUGCCUGCAGAGAUGGUCCCGGACGCUCCUUCCUAGCGCAGCAACGUCAUGUCACCAAUACCAGAAGGAAUCUCACUGUUAAAGUACCUGGUGCAACAUCUGAUUGAUUAAAUCACGAGGAAAUCUUGUAUGCUAAAGUGUCCUUAAAUAUUUUGUAGCUUCCACUUUAACUGCUAGAUGAAAGAAGAGGUUAGAAUGGUGGGCAACGGCGAAUUCAACACCAGAACCUAUAGAGAAGUGAUUAAUCUGAUCAGUGGUAUCUAAAAAGUAGCACAUAGCUUUCCAAAUAGAAAUAGAUUUCAUAACUGCAGUAUGUAUUUAAAAGCACAAUUUAAAAGAUUUAUAUUUGCCUUCAGAAUAUAUUGUAAAUAUAAAAAUUGGCACAAUAUAUUUAACUUUAUUUAAUGCGUUUGGGCUGACAAGUUGACUUUUGAUAUGGGAAAAUGUUAUGCAAAAAAGUACUUCAGGAAACUGGCAAUAUUGGGCAUUUUUGCUGGGCUCUUUUAAAAAUAAUUUUAAAAGAUUGGCACUAUGUUUCAAAAAUGCUAGUCUUCAGAAUACAAGAGUACAAUUCCAGAAGCAAGAAAAUGUUUGCAUCUAUUAAAAAAAAUUGUAGUAAUUUCAGGACUAGUUGUAUGACAAGACAGGCUAUCACAUCUCAAGUGAGAGAUAUAUAUAUAUUUGUGCGUAUAUACACGAAGGAAAAAUUUCUUCUGAGAUAUGGAAUAUACUAAAGCCAAAUAAGCUGUCUUUUCUUCUCUUUUUUUUCCCCCCUGUUUAAGAAAAAAAGCUAUUGUGUUAAUUCAAAAACCUGGGCUAUGUUUUAAAAGUCUGGAGUUUUGUAUACCGCUUUUACUUGUGGAGAGUGGGUAGGUGGGAAGGAACCCCUUCAUUUCCAGUUUGGUUAUACAAUCUUUUGCAUAAAGGUCAAGCUUCCUUGUUUUCAAAUAUAGUCAUUCGGAAGGAAUUGUGCUAGGCAGAUUAAUGCUGCUCCUUGGCAGCAAAGGUUGCUUGCUGGUAGGGAGAAAGAUGUAUAAGCUACAGUAAAUCCAGGUUGUGUGUCUGGGAAGAUGAAAUCGGGAUUGGUAGCUGAACUGUGGCUGGUGGGGGGUUUCACCACAUCACAAAAGACUGGUGUCACUUUAUUUGCAAAGUGUCUUGUUUUUUUGUCAACCAUAUUUAAAAAAAGUUGUUAACAUCCAGUAUUCUUUACCAACUGUCUAGAGAAAUUCAUACCCUCCUGAGUCAACUGAAGUAUAAUUGCAGCAGCCCUUAGAACAAGACGAAUACGCUCACAGUGAGUAGUUGAGGGUGCUGUGCCAUCUGUGCUCUAGUCUGAGAGUCGUCUGCCUGAGUGACAGCAUGGGUCUGUCUUCACAACUAAAGCCCUCUUAGACUUGAGGGCUGGGUUCAGCUCUGCUUGGCAGGGUUGGAGUCCCCCUUUUCGGUAGGCUUGGAAGGGUGAAUUUUGCGUCGUCUUGAAUGUGGCAUGCCCUUAAGUGAGGCCUGUCCUUUAAUUUUGUCCGUCCCCAGCACCUUACCUUCUUCAUUGGGCGCUGUACCUGGUGCAAGUGGAAAAGGGGAAUAGUCCUGUUUAAUGGGCAGUAAGCGUUGCUUCCUGAUUGUGGUGCUGCUUUACAGUAUUACGCACUUAGGCAGUCAGCUAAGAUUUCUUCUCACAAGACGUAGGUCUGUACCAGGUGUUCUUUCUAAGGCAGUGCCAUGCUAGGUGCAGGACGAGCAGGGAGUCUUCUGGACAAGCUGCUGCUGGACAGCUUUGUCCGGCUGUGUUCUUUGGGCCUCUGCUUCCUUUGACGACCUCUUGGGUUUUGAAGCCUUCUGCUGCUGCGGCGAUAGUGCUGGUUUUGUAUUUGUAAGCUAUGAUUGCUUGUUUCCUCUCUCAGUGGUGUGGGAGGUGGGGGUGGCAGUGGGACAUGAGUAGGUCUCAGCAGGAUGCUGGCAUUUCUCCAUCCUGGUACUUCAGGAUGUUCUAGUGAAAGGGGGAACAGGAGUGUCGCUAGCUGCGUCGAAUGGGUCCCUUCACCCUCGUUCUUCAGAGCGCAGAGACUUUCAUGGACGCGCUUCAAAUAUUCACCCAGCUGAUGGACCUGAUGCAUUUGUCCUACCGUUCACAACAGCAGAGUUGGAGCUUCAGCUUCUUUAGGGAGUGCAGGAAGGACGGUGAGAAGAAGUAUCCUUUUGAUGUUACCUUUAUUCAUGUCAAACAAAAAAAAGCUACGAAUAGCUUAACUGUACACGUGUAAGAUGUCAUGACAGAGCAAUGUAAAUAGAGUGGUUUUUUUGAUUUGUAUAGGCCCCGUUGUUGGGCUAUGGCUAUUAGAGAGGCAGUAGAAAGCAAGAGGCUCAGAUAUUGCAGUUAGGAAGAGCAUCAAAUUACGAGAUGAAAUCAUUGAACGCUGCUGACUCUAAUCAGCGCUCUGAAUAAUCUUGGUCCAUUUCCAGUAAAACGGGUAAUACAGAUCCAAAGAAGCCAAAGCAAUUUCUGACUGAGAUACGGCUUGUUGAUUAGUAACUUUUUACUCUGAGAUUAAGAAUAACCGCUCUGAAGCAGGACUGUUUUGUGGCAAUAAUACACAUUUGAGGCUAAUUACUAGAGUCUUUUACUCCAGGUGUAUCAGGCAGCAGAUUCUUUUGAAGCAACUGUGUUUUAGUGGAUUAAGAAAUAUUCACUGAGAAUAAAUAUUCACCUAACUGAAUGCUUUUUCUUCCUUAAAAAAGGGUACACAGGUAUUCUAUUUUUGACAAUAUACAUUUACUUGGAAAGAAGUAAUCUAAGCAAUACUGAUGUUUUCUUUAAGUAGCCAUAGCUAGUCCAGGAAUUAGGAAAGGACAAGAGAUAUUUAGCAGUUAAUAAUGUCUAGUAAAGUACCUUUCUCAACGCUUCUUUCCCUCCCCCUGGUUAGUCAAGCUGGAGUUAAGGUCUUCAGUGUCUUGGUGUCCACAUCUUCUGUUCCAAACCAAUGUAAACACUGUGUUGCAUAGACCUUGAAAAAUUGCACUAAUGUUUAAACCUUGGUUUUGUUGUGCUUUGGAAAGCAUCCUUUUAUAUGCACAUAAAGGAGUAUUUAAAAUUAA